CUCAUAAUUUCUCUUUCCUUUCUCUGACCCAUUCCUUCUUCAUUCUUGCUGUCUUUUUCGGCAAAUUGAGUUCCAUUCUGGUCUUGUGUGCCCAAACCUUUCCUCUCUUGUAAUCUCAUCUCCUUCUCCUUCUUCCUCAUCGUAUUUUCAUCUGAGAAAAGUAGGUGGUGGUGGUGGUGGAGGAGCGGGAGAAUUUGGGAGGUUUUGAUCACCUGAAGUGAGCUGGUCAGGAGAUUAAUUUAUGUGUUCGAUUGUGUGAAUGUUUUUAGACUUCUAAGUAGGGAAAAUUUCUCUCUCAAAAACCUAAGGUGGUUGAUUUUGUUGGAUGGUACAGUUUAAUGCUUCGUUUCAAGGAAUGCUACUUCAAAAUAAAUUCAGCCACACACUCACUGGCUGCUUAUUGAUUAAUUCAAUAUGAAUAAGAAGUUUAUCGUGUUGUCUAUCCUGCAUUGAAGAGCUAGGAGCUUAUAUAUACUUCAAGCUUUGGUGUUCUGUGACUGUAAAGAUACAUCUGUGUGCUUGAAUAACUUCACCUUAUGUUUGGCCUUCAAAAUGUUCUCGUAUUUUGGCUGUCAAAAAUUGUCAUAUGAUGGGAGCGCAGAUGAAAAUAAUCAUUAUUGGAGUCUCUGUCGGUGUUGCAGUUGGAAUAUUGGUGGUAUCUUGCGCAUUAAUUGCUGUAAGGAUUUACAAAAAACGUUCUCAUGUCCAACACCGUUCUACUGAUAUUGCACCUACGCUUCCUAUACGUGCAAAUGGCUUUGGUGCAAGUAUUGAUUCUAGCACAUCACUCUCCUAUUCUGAGGUUGGUUGUAACUUUCAUCCAGCAAAACGGGGUGGUUACUGGGGUCGGCGGGUCAUCCAAAACAAGGAUCUUUCUGCAUCAGGCAUUCCAAGAUACCUAUACAAGGAUAUUCAGAAAGCAACACAAAAUUUUACAACUAUUCUAGGGCAGGGAUCUUUUGGUCCCGUCUACAAAGCUAUAAUGCCCACAAGUGAAGUGGUAGCUGUAAAGGUUCUCGCAAAUAAUUCAAGGCAGGGGGAGAGAGAAUUCCAAACAGAGGUACUUUUGCUUAGUAGAUUGCACCACAGAAAUCUUGUAAAUUUGCUUGGAUAUUGUGUAGAUAAAGGCCAAAGAAUACUCAUCUAUGAAUUCAUGAGUAACGGAAAUUUGGAGAACCUUUUAUAUGGGGAUGGUCCACGUUCCUUGUCCUGGGAAGAAAGGCUACAAAUUGCGCAUGAUGUAUCACAUGGAAUUGAGUACCUUCAUGAAGGAGCUACGCCAUCUGUCAUUCAUCGAGAUCUAAAGUCUGCUAAUAUACUUUUAGAUAAAGCAAUGCGAGCUAAGGUUGCUGAUUUUGGGCUGUCGAAGGAAGAUAUAUACGACGGAGGAAAGUCAGGCCUUAAAGGCACAUAUGGUUACAUGGAUCCUGACUACAUGUCGACAAACAAGUUCACAAAGAAGAGCGACAUAUAUAGUUUUGGCAUUAUAAUGUUUGAACUUAUAACUGCUAUAAAUCCCCAGCAAGGCCUAAUGGAGUACAUCAAUCUCGCAGUAAUAGGCGGGGAUGGAAAAGCCGAUUGGGAGGAGAUAAUAGACAAGAAGCUCACAGGCAAAAGCAAUUAUGAAGAAGUUGGUUUGCUUGCUGACAUUGCUUACAAGUGCUUGGACAAGAAUCCGAGGAAACGACCUUCGAUAGCUGAUGUGACUCUUGCUAUAUCAAAGAUAAGGCAACGGGCUUUCUCAAGAGCCGACACGAUGGCAUCGAUAGGAAGGGAUACUUCGGGAGUUUUACACAGGAUAGAACAUCAGCAAGUUGAGCUGACCAACAUGGCUAGCAAGAAGUUCCAAAUCUCAAGAGUUUGAAGCCAUGAAACAAGCAUUUAGAUACUCAAAUGUUUCUUAAAUUUGAAAGUUUUCCAAUCACUGUAAGUGGAAUUUCAAAGUUCUGUAAAAAGAUUUUCCCAUCUUAAAGAGUAAUGCUAUAUGAGGCGAACAAAUCACACGAA